UUAGGCAGUAACACGAAAUGACAUUUCCAAUCGUUUUAAAAGCGACACGAUCGUUCGUUUUUGAGACGAUCGACAAAGGUGUCUCGUUUUGCCGCGAAGUCAACCGAAUCAACUUUAGUUAAAUAUCUUAAACUAUUAUUAAAUAUUAAAUAAAACUUCUAAGAUAUGUCUCGCAUGUGGACCGCCUUGAUGUUAGAAGCUGCAGAUGCCGAAGCUAAAAAGAUGUCUCGGCAGCGUAUGCUUCUACAAAGAUUAAAGAAUCGCGAACGGUUACUCCAAAAAAUUCCGGAGUGGCAGUUUAGAGCUCAUUACAGGCUGAAUAAGGAAGAGUUCCACUCGUUGUGUGACGAGCUCAGGCACAAUACCAGUUUAAAAGGUUCGAAAACAACUUCACUGGAACUUAAGGUGCUGACAGCAUUGAACUUUUAUGCCAUGGGUUCAUAUCAGAAAGGUGUUGCUAAUGAGGUACAUAUGAAUCAAAAAAGUGUAAGUCGGUGUAUCAGAGAGGUGACAAAAGCUCUGAAUGAGAUUUCAAAUAAAUGGAUACAAUUCCCACAAACAAGCACACAAAGAACUAAAAUUAAGCAAGGAUUUUAUACUAAGUUUAAUUUUCCUGGUGUAAUUGGUGCCAUUGAUUGCACCCAUGUGGCCAUAGUUCGUCCAGCUGCAGAUGUACUUUGUUUUUAUAACAGAAAAGGCUUUCAUUCUCUUAAUGUCCAAAUGGUGACAGUGGUUACCCUCAAAGGAGCUACCUUGUGACACCUAUUCUGAAUGCAGAACCAGGAUCUAGAGGAGAGAACUACACUAGAGUGCAUGUCAAGGCCCGAAACUGCAUAGAAAGGGCAUUUGGUUAAAUAUAGAUUUUGAUAUUUGUUAGGUCAGUGUAUCCUUUAUUAUCACCCUGAUUAUGCAGCAGAAAUUGUUAUUGCAUGUGUGGUACUGCAUAACAUGCUCAUAGAUUCAAGAGGAACUCCUACAGAUGAUGCAGAAGUACUUUUGUCCACUGCUCUUACACAACCAACUGUUGUUGAAAACGGGCUGGAUGUGAUUGUGGGGCGGGCUGUUAGGAAUAGACUAAUUAUUGGCAGUUUUUAGUUUGGUUGAAGAAGCCCACACAAUAAUGUCUAAAAGUGUAUUUUUAAGAAGAAAUAUGAUGAAGAUGAAUGUUUUACAA